GUUUUCAGACAUUUUAAGAGUUACUAUCGUGGGCUUUUCAGUGAACCGAUGAAGAAAAUGUUCCUCAAGUUAGUUUUGCUCUGUUUGUGGCGUCUGGAUGGAGUGUUUGGUAAAGUGAAGACAGUGUUUGUGAAGGAGGGAGAUUCAGUCACUCUAAACUCUGAUCUUACUGAAAUGAAGGAUGGUGAUGAGAUUCAGUGGAGGAUUGAAAACACUUUAAUAGCUGAAAUCAAUAAACGGGUCGACAGAAUCACUGUAUAUGAUGAUGUUCUUGAUGGGAAAUUCAGAGACAGACUGAAACUGGACAAUCAAACUGGAUCUCUGACCAUCACAAACUUCACAAUGAAACACGCUAGAGAAUAUAAACUACGGACCAACCAUAAGAGUGCUGAUUUCUAUAUCGCUGUCUAUUUGUCAGUGAAGGAGGGAGAUUCAUUCACUCUCGACUCUGGUCUUACUGAAAUGAAAAAUGAUGAUGUGAUUCGGUGGAUGUUUGGAUUGUUUGAAAACACUUUAAUAGCUGAAAUCAAUAAACGGGUUGACAGCUUCACUGUAGAUGAUGAUGUUCUUUAUUGGAGAUUCAGAGACAGACUGAAGCUGGACAAUCAAACUGGAUCUCUGACCAUCACAAACUUCACAAUGAAACACACUGGACGUUAUAAACUAGAGAUCAACAAUAAGGGAGUUGAAUUCUUUCUCGCUGUCAUUGUGUCAGUGAUGGAGGGAGAUUCAGUCACUCUAAACUCUGAUCUUACUGAAAUAAAGAAUUAUGAUUGGAUUUGGUGGAGUUUUAGAGAUUUUGAACACACUUUAAUAGCUAAAAUCGAUAAACGGGACGACAUAUUCACUGUACGUGAUGAUGUUCUUGAUGGGAGAUUCAGAGACAGACUGAAACUGGACAAUCAAACUGGAUCUCUGACCAUCACAAACACCACAAUGAAACAUGCUGGACAUUAUAAUUUACAGACCAACACUUUCGGCAGGCGUUUUUAUUUUAUUUGUCUCGUUGUCUAUGCUCGUCUGCCUGUUCCUGUCAUCAGCAGUAACUCUUCUCAAUGUUCUUCAUCAUCAUCAUCAUCAUCAUCAUGUUCAUUGGUGUGUUCAGUGGUGAAUGUGAGUCAUGUGACUCUCUCCUGGUACAAAGGAAACAGUUCAUUGUCCAGCAUCAGUGCAUCUGAUCUCAGCAUCAGUCUCUCUCUACCUCUGGAGGUGGAAUAUCAGGAUAAAAACACCUACAGCUGUGUGCUGAACAAUCCCAUCAGCCACCAGACUCAACAUCUGGACAUCACUCAACUCUGUCACACAUGUUCAGUCCACUGUUGUGGUCCUACUGAAGCUGUGAUCCGAUUGGUCCUCUCUGCUCUGGUGGGCGUGGCUACUGUCAUUCUUGUGGUUUAUCACAUCAGAUCCAGAAGAGCUGAACGAGAUCAAGCACAUAUUCACACAUCAGGUACAUGAUUGAUGAUGACUGAUUCAGCAUAUAUUAAUAUUGGUGAGAUUGAUUAAUUUAUGGCUUUACAUGUUCAUCUUUUUCAAGAAGCGCUUAAAUCUGAAGCAGAACGCUGAACUUUAAAGAUUCUUCAAGUGUGUUUUUGUCAUAAUAAAUACUGAUGAUUAUUUGAGCUUCUCUUUCAGUCUCAGAUUUGUAAAAAUCUUAUUUGUAAGGCUUUAUUGUUUAUAUUUCUCUCAGAGACACACAGAUCUCACUUUACUACUACUGCUGUAUAUUUGUCAUGUGUAUUUUAGACUGUUGUUGAUGAUCAAAUUAAAAUAGCAUCUUUUGAAUGUGUCUGACGGAGUUGACACAAAUUCAGUUCUGAAGUGAAUAAAUGUACAUUUUUAGAAGAAAACAUUUUCAGAAAAACCUGUUCCCUUACAUGUUCAUUAGCUGAGACCUUUGUCUACAAAUAUAUCAGUUUAUAAUAAUGUGUUAUUCAAUAAUAAAAACUAACUUUUAAAACAUGA